AUGCUCUGGAAACCCGCACACCCGGAAAACACAAACAUGGAGCGGUUUCGCACCUUUGUCGAGAAGAAGCAUCACGUCUCACUCGGCAACUACGAGGGCCUCUGGAAAUGGUCCGUGACCGAGCAUGAGCAGUUCUGGGCGGACGUGUGGGAGUUUUGCGGGAUCAAGAGUUCGGUCGGGUACGAGCAGAUCUUGGAGAAGGGUGUUCCGAUGAAUAAGAUACCGAAGUGGUUUAUGGGCGCGCGGUUGAACUUUGCGGAAAACAUGCUCGUUAGAUCAGACGACCAUGUUGCGCUUAUUGGAGCAGGGGAAGGCGAAGCGUUGACAAGGAUCACCUACGCACAACUGCACGAGCAUGUCCGUGCCUGUGCGGCAGCGAUGCGCAAACUGGGCGUCACCGCCGGCGACCGGAUCGCGGGAUACCUGCCCAACUGUCCGGAAACGGUCAUCAUAUUCCUUGCGGCUGUCAGCAUAGGAGCCAUCUGGUCGUCCACGUCGCCCGAUUUCGGAACGACCGGUGUGCUGGAACGGUUCACGCAGAUCAAGCCCAAGAUUUUGUUUUCUGUGAAUGCUGUCAUGUACAAUGGCAAGGCGCAUGAUCAUUUGGAGAAGCUUACCGAGGUCGUCAAUGGCUUAGAAGGUCUGGAAAAGGUGGUCAUUGUGCCGUUUGUGGACCGCCCGUUCGAUGCCGCUUCCAUUCGCCAUGGUGAAACCUUUGCCGAAUUCCUGAAAAACGACGACGGCCGCAAACUGGAAUUUGAGCAAUUACCCUUUGACCACCCUCUCGCCAUCCUUUUCAGUUCUGGAACUACCGGGAAACCCAAAUGCAUCGUGCACUCCGCCGGUGGUGUCUUGAUUCAACACCUGAAAGAGCAUGUGAUCCAUGGAGAUCUGAGCGAAAAGGACGUUUACUUUUACUACACAACCACCGGCUGGAUGAUGUGGAACUGGCUCAUCAGCGGUCUUGCCGCCGGCGCCACUAUCGUGCUCUACGACGGCAGCCCCUUCAAACCAACCCCAGCCCGCCUCUGGAAUCUAGUCGACGAGCUCAACAUCACAGUGUUUGGAACCUCCGCAAAGUACAUCCAAUCCCUCCAAGAAUCCCGCCUAACCCCCAUAAUAACCCACAAGCUCACGCACCUCCGCACCAUCUACUCCACCGGCUCCCCCCUCAAGCCCGAAUCCUUCGACUACGUGUACACCCACAUCAAAAAAGAUCUCCUCCUCGGCUCCAUCACCGGCGGAACCGACAUCGUCUCCCUCUUCGCAGGCCACAACGCCGCCCUCCCCGUGUACCGCGGCGAGAUCCAGUGCCGAUGUCUCGGGAUGGCGAUCGAAUCCUGGGACGACUCUGGCAAAAACAUCACAAACGACGCGGGCGACCUGGUCUGCACGAAACCCUUCCCCGUCAUGCCCGUCUACUUCUGGAACGACCCCAACAACGAGAAAUACCACUCGGCCUAUUUCGCCCGCUUCCCCGGCGUAUGGUACCACGGCGACUUUGUCUACGUUAACGCAAAGACGGGCGGAGUCACCAUGCUCGGCCGGUCCGACGGGACCCUGAACCCGGCGGGCGUGCGGUUCGGCUCCGCGGAGCUGUACAACAUCCUGGAUGAGUUCCCGCAGCUGGCGGAUACCCUUGUGGUGGGCCAGAAGCGGGGCGAGGACGAACGCGUGAUUCUGUUCUGUAAGAUGAAGGAGGGGGAGGUGUUUGAUGACAAGAUUGUGGAGAGGAUCAAGACCGCUAUUAGGACCCGGUUGUCGGCUAGACACGUCCCCGCAGUCAUCAUGCCCAUCGCUGAUAUCCCGCACACGGUCAACGGCAAGAAAGUAGAAGUGGCAGUCAAACGCAUCAUCUCGGGCGAAACCGUCAUCCCGAGUGGAACACUCGUCAACCCAGACUCACUCAAGCUGUACUACAACCUGCCCGAGCUGCAGGAUCCCGGCGUACACCUGUAG